AUGGACACUGGGAGGUUGGAAGGAUUCGGCAAGUUGUGCUUGCUCCUCGUGUCGAGUCUGAGCUGGCGCCCGAGCUUGUCCCAGAGCGUCUCCCCAGCGCUGAAGCAACACACCAACGAUAAUAUCACCAUCUUCACCAGAAUUUUGGAUGGUCUGCUGGACGGAUACGAUAACAGACUACGACCGGGACUCGGAGAAAGGAUCACGGAGGUUAAAACAGACAUCUACGUUACAAGUUUUGGCCCAGUCUCGGACACUGAAAUGGAGUACACGAUAGACGUAUUUUUCCGCCAAAGCUGGAAGGACGAGCGCCUGAAGUUUAAAGGACCAAUGCAGCUGCUGUCUCUCAACAACAUGCUGGCGAGUAAGAUCUGGACUCCAGACACCUUCUUUCACAAUGGCAAGAAAUCGAUAGCUCACAACAUGACCACCCCUAACAAGCUACUCCGGCUGGUGGAGGAUGGUACUUUGCUCUACACCAUGAGGUUAACCAUUUCUGCCGAGUGUCCUAUGCAACUCGAAGAUUUUCCUAUGGAUGUUCAUGCUUGCCCCCUUAAAUUUGGAAGCUAUGCGUAUCCAACCUCGGAGGUCAUUUACACUUGGACAAACGAAACUCACAAAUCGGUGGUCGUGGCAGAAGAUGGAUCACGUCUAAAUCAGUACGAUUUAUUAGGUCAAACUGUGGGCAGUGAACUUAUCCCAUCAAGCACAGGCGAAUAUGUAAUAAUGACAGCACACUUCCAUUUGAAGAGAAAAAUCGGUUAUUUUGUCAUUCAAACCUAUCUCCCCUGCAUUAUGACUGUUAUCUUAUCCCAGAUGUCAUUUUGGUUGAACAGAGAAUCUGUCCCUGCCAGAACAGUGUUUGGUGUAACCACGGUGCUGACAAUGACAACAUUGAGCAUUAGUGCACGGAACUCCUUGCCUAAAGUAGCUUAUGCCACUGCAAUGGACUGGUUCAUAGCAGUGUGCUACGCAUUUGUCUUUUCUGCUCUGAUUGAAUUUGCAACAGUAAAUUACUUCACCAAACGAAGCUGGGCAUGGGAUGGGAAAAAAGCAUAUGAAGCUUUUCAGUCGAAGAAAAAGGAAACCUUGGCAAAGAACAUGAACAAUGCUUAUGCAAUUGGAGGAAUGACCUACACCCCCAACAUGACGAAGGACCCUGUCAUCCCAAGUAUUUCGAAGAGUACAGCUGUGCAAAUGAGGGCUGAGGAAAGGGCCAUGGAAAGUAAGAAGUCUUACAACAGCGUCAGCAAGAUUGACAAAAUGGCCCGGGUUGUGUUUCCUGUUCUUUUUGGAAUAUUUAAUUUAGUUUACUGGGCAACAUAUUUGAACAGAGAUCCAGUUAUAAAAGUAGACACUGUUCCAAAUUAA